AUUUUACUCGAAAAUGGAGAACUGUGAGGAAUCGCGUUCUCGGCGCAGUACGAACGCAUCGGUGCUGGUUCUAACGAGCCGACCGUUGUUCGAGCACGUGACGUCGUUCAUGGACGGGCUGCCGCUUGUGGUUGCCAAGUUUGCGCGUGCUCAACGGUACAAACCCCGUCUGGAGGGACGAUAUCCCUCAUCUCGUGGAUUAUUACCCCAACUCGCAGUCAUUUGCGACGAUUUCGUCGUUUUAGCAGCUCUUUUGAAGUUAGUGAACAGCUAUUCGUCGAGUUAUCGCAACCCAGAGACGGAAUUUUACGGUGUGAUACGUUGUGCCGUGAGAUUCGACAAGCUGAGCAUGCUGCAAUGGCUCGAACAAAAUUUGGAUAUGAACUCAUACGAGUUCGAAGUGGAUUUGAUGGACAUUGCAGUGGGUUACACGAAAGGAGUAAAGAUUAUGGACUGGCUACUAUUACACGACUCGGCCAUGAAGCAGCAAGUAUCCGCUUGGGCUCUACGACUCGCAGCUUAUAACGGGGAACUACAGAAGAUAACAUGGCUACAUGACCACGGGUUUCGCGGAUUCUCGUGCACUACAGCAGAUGAUGCCGCGUGUGCGGGGCAUACCAAUGUAUUGAGUUUUCUCCUCGAGAAUAGGAGGGAAGGUUGUAGUUCACGGGCCUUGGAUCAAGCCGCAGCACAUGGUCAUAUCGACGUUGUGAGGUAUUUGUUUUCGUUCAUUCAUGACCGAACUGAUGCAGAGCAACAUCGAGUCAUUGCAAGGGCGUCCUUUGCUAUGACCAAAGCGGCGCUGAGUGGGCAUGCGGAGAUUGUGGGGUUUCUUGGACGACGACAGUGUACACCGCUGAAUAGUACGCUACUGGAUGUGGUGGCGGCGGGAGAGCUGCAAGUGCUGAAAGAGUUAUGUCGAUACUCGAAUGAAGGUUGUCUUGUUGAGGCUCGUAGGCGAGCGAAAGCGCUGGGUCGUGCGGAUAUUGCGGCUUUCUUGCGUACCCAAAUUGUACCUACUGCAUGGGCGUGCAGAUUGCAUCGACAUUCACGAUCCGGACCACGGCGAUGUCAAAGGAAACCGAAGGGAAUUUGAAAACAAUAGCUAGCUCUACCAAGUUGGUAGGGACAACUGAGUAUAUCUGACUUGAACAUACUGGACUCCUGUCAUACGGUAUUUGCGUUAACCCUUUCGUGAACACGGGAUUAUCACUUUGAUAAAGUAAACUAUACAACUCAAGUCGUUAAAAACGAGAUGAAAGGGAGCAUUUUGCCCCCAUUCAUAAGGUCACGAUACUCGCCG